AUGUCCGCUGUGCAACUCAAGUUCACUCUUCGGACGUCGUCCAAUGUCAAGACUGUCCACCUGCUUGGCUCCUGGGACAACUACUCCCGCCAGAUUCCCCUCUCCAGGGAUGAGGGCAAGCCCGGUUCAUGGGUUGGCAAGUUCCGCUUCCAGACCUCCAUGCUUAAGCUCGGCGGCCGCUACUGGUACUAUUACAUCAUGGAUGGAUACCACGUCUCCCAUGAUCCCGCCGUUGAGUACACUAUUGAGCCAACCACCGGCCGCAAGCUGAACAUCCUUGAUGUUCCCGGGGGUAGCAAGAAAUCCAGCUCAUCCGCCUCGAAGCCCAGAAGAACCUCUGAUGAGGUCGUCAAGGGCCGUGCUCCGUCCCCAUCCAAGAUCCACCACCCCAAGCCCUCCAAGCCCUACGCCUCUCGCCAAAUCCGGGAGACUGACUUCGCUCCUACCAUGGAGGACCUUACCAUGCGCUUUGCGGGGUCCCGCCUGUCAGACGAGUACUCUCUCUCCAACAGCCCACCUAGCUCAGUUGGAUCGUCCCUUUCUUCUCGGUCUUCUCGUUCCUCCGGCAGCACCUCGCCUUCCUCGCUUUCUUCCAUGAGUGACCCAGCCAGCGUCUGCCGCUGCGAGCGCUACGGCAUCACUCGGAAGGGCGACCGUGUCAAGCUCGACUGCGGUGGUAGCCGCUGUGGCUACGUUACCGAGUCAUCUGAGGCUAGCUGCUCCGAGUCUGACAGUGAUGAGGAGUACCGCCGGGCCCGCCGGGGUGUUCGUCGCCAGGGCAUUGUUGUGCGUCGGUAA